AUGAUCUCGGGCCCCGACGGCGUGGCCAAGGCCGUGCGUCUGGCCGAGGCCUUAACCCCCGCGCUGCAGGGGAAGGCUGUCGUGAGUCAUCCGGUCCGCAAGGGUGAGCUGCGUCUUACCGGGCUCGACGACUCAGUGACCACCGACUACUUAGUGGCGAGUUUGAGCUCCGUCGAGUUCGGAGGCUGCCAGACGUCGAACAUUACGCUGGGUUCCGUGACCGAGGGCAAGGACCGUCUUGGCGCGGUGUGGACGAAAUGUCCACUAGACGUGGCGACAAAAGUGGCCAAGGUCAGCCGCCUCCGCGUGGAGUGGUCGAACAUUAACGUGUCUUUUGCCUGGCCGCCAGCUCUAGUGCUCAAAUGUCUGGAGUUUUGUCAUGUCAGACAGACGUGUAAAAACACGGCGGCAGGGGGUUCAAACUCAUCUUUUGUGAGAAGAAGAAUGCUGUUUUCAACGCCGCCUGGGACAUGGACCAGGAAGUACCAAACUAAAAACGAGUGGUGGGAGAUUGGUGGCCAUAUUUAA